AUUUCUUUUUUCUUUUUUUACAAUUUCAAGGUUGUCUUCUUUGAUCCACACUCCCUUUUUUUUAUUUUAUUGUAAUUCCUAUUGCUUCUAAUGUCCUCAGAGAAAAGAAAAGAUACCUCAUUAUCUAGUAAUGCUUUAGUCAAACGGGCUCGUGGUGAAGGUUCCGAUGACUCAGCUGCCUUGAUCACCUUGUCAUCUGAACGAUCUGGUACUAGCAAUGCUAUUGUCGGCACAAUUAAACGUACAUCUGGUUUGGAAGCUCCAGUAAUGCAACUCACUGGUCAUGAAGGUGAAAUUUAUAGUGCAAAGUUUGAUCCUUCAGGUCAACAUAUCGCUUCUGGAUCUUACGAUAGACGAAUUUUACUUUGGAAUACAUAUGGUGAUUGUCAAAACUAUGGAGUAUUAAAAGGUCAUACAAAUGCAGUCAUGGAAGUACAUUGGUCUCGAGAUUCAAAUGAAAUAUAUAGUUGUUCUGCUGACAAAACUGUAUGUAUAUGGGAUGCAAAUCGUGGAGAACGUAUUCGAAGGUGGAAAGGACAUAACUUGGUAGUCAACAGUUGUCAAGUAGCGCGUCGAGGUCCUGAAAUGGUUGUAUCUGGAAGUGAUGAUGGAUGUGUCAAACUUUGGGAUAGUCGAGAAAAGCAUGCCACACAAACAUUGGAAAAUGAUUAUCAAGUGACAAGUGUAUGUUUUAGUGAUGCUGGUGAUAUGGUUUAUUCUGGUGGAAUUGACAAUGAAAUCAAGGUAUGGGAUCUUCGCAAGAAACAAGUACUUUACACUUUGGCUGGUCAUUUAGAUACAAUUACUGGUCUUUCUUUAAGUCCUGAUGGUGAUUAUUUACUUUCGAAUUCUAUGGAUAAUACAGUACAAAUGUGGGAUAUCAAACCAUUUGUGGCGGCUGAUCGAUGUGUCAAGGUAUUUGAAGGGGCUCCUCAUGGAUUUGAAAAGAACCUCAUUCGUCCCACGUGGUCAACAGAUGGCAGUCAAGUUGCAUGUGGGUCUGCAGAUCGAUCGGUGGUGAUCUGGGAAGUCUCUACAGGCAAGAUUCUUUACAAGUUACCUGGUCACAAGGGUUGUGUCAAUGAUGUGGACUGGCAUCCAAAGGAACCUAUAGUUAUGACUUGUUCAACAGAUAAGUCUAUCUUUUUAGGUGAAGUCAAGCAAACAGGUUAUUGAAUAAAGUGUAGUAUACUCUACUUUUUAUAUAUAUAUCGAAAUAGUAAUAAUAAUAAUAAAAAAAAAA